AUGGUAGCUAAGCAAUUUGGACACGCACAGGGCUCACCUUUGCCCAGGAUCAAUUCAGCGUGGCGUCGCAUCGCGUUUACGUUUGUUUCUAUUGCUAUAGCCUACAAAGUCUAUCAGGAGAAGAACCGCUACACCGACGACCCCCGGCAGCUUCGUCCCACCCAACCGGGGGCGUUCGUUGGAGAUUUUGCGGACCCCGUAGAGCGGAAAUCCAAGUACGAGGGUGCUGGAUCUUCAGCUUUGGGACGGGCCCGUGGCGAUCGUCUUGGAUUCUUCAGCGGAAUGAGCCAAAGAGGGAAAAACAACGAAGAGUAA